AUGACGAUCUCGUACGACGAAGAAUUUGUAUCACUCAUGCUUCGAUGGCGAGGUUCACUCUGGAAAGCAGUACUAAAGGAUGUAAUUGCGUUCAACAUGGGUUACUAUAUGAUUCUUGGCUUUCAGUGGUAUUUUCUGGAUGAAACGCAGAAGAAGUAUUUCACAGGAUUGAUAAAUUGGUGUGAGAUAGGGCUGCAGUAUAUACCCCUAUCGUUUCUGCUCGGUUUCUUCGUGGCUGUCGUAGUUGCACGUUGGUGGGAGCAGUUCAACUGGAUCAGUUGGCCAGAUAAAAUGAUGAUUAUGGUAGCUGCGUGCUUGCCCGGUCAAAAAAACCUUGCUGUUCGGCAAACGAUCGCUCGUUGGUCAAGUCUGCAGGCAGCAGUAGCAUGGACAGGCAUCUCAGUUCGCACGCUAAAACGUUUUCCAACCGAGAGGCAUUUAGUAGAGGCGAAUCUAAUGACUGAAGACGAAUACAACAUGUUUAUGUCAAUUGACGCACCUCAUGGGAAGUGGUUCGUACCAACAAUGUGGAUUGUGAACUUGAUCAAAACAAUGUACGGUCAGAAACGAAUUGACUCAGUGCAGAUGAAAAUGCUACUGGAACAUGUCUACUCAUAUAGGGAUGGUUUUGCGAUGUUGUUCGUCUACGAUUGGGUGAAGAUUCCACUCGUUUACACACAGGUGGUUGCGAUUGCAACCUAUGGAUAUUUUAUCAUCUGUUUGCUUGGAAGACAACCGAAAUUGGAUGAGCACUCGCUGGAGAACGAAAUCGCGAUUCUAAUGCCAGUUUUCACAACAUUCCAAAUGAUUUUCUAUUUGGGAUGGCUGAAAGUGGGACAGUACCUAAUGAAUCCUUUCGGCGAAGAUGAUGACGAUUUCGAGUUGAAUUACGUGCUGGACAGGAACACGUACAUAGCGAAUAUGAUGGCCACUGAACUUGCUGAUCAACUUCCUCCAAUUUCUCAGUAUCGAUUCAAUGUUCAAAUUCCGCACACAAGAGCAUCGUUCAAAAUUCAGGACAUCGUCCCAAAAAGUCACCUGUCGACAUUCAAGUUGAGCACAAAUGAAAUGCAGAUGAUAAAACCAGAGAAUUUCGAAGAAGAAGCACAGCUCAUCGAAAAUGAAUCCAGCACACAACGGCAGCGAUUGGGUUUAUUGGUCAGAGCAAUAGGCAGUAAAAAGCCAUCAAUGUUAGUCAUUGCUCUGAACAGCUGA